AUAUAUUUCUCUCUCUAUAUAUACCUAUUUCUCUCUCUAUAUAUACCUUUCUAUCUCUUUCACUAUCUCUUUCUCUCUUUCUCACUCUCUCUCUUAAAGGAUAAUUUAUGUUUCAAGGCUCUCUCAUUUCCAAGAUGGACCAGUGAAUACAGGCUGUCAAGAUCAACAGUUCCCCUGUUGUAUAUGCUGUGUUGCUGGGAGGCAGAGGUUUGAGGUAGAGGGGGAGAGGUGGGAGGAAGAUGGGGGAGAGGUGGGGCUCCCAUACUGUCAGACCUUGGCUAGGUCCAGAGCCAGAACUGGUCCCCAAGACGAAGACCCACCCUGACACAGCUGUGCUGUUAUACAGUCACACUUACACCCGCACAUGUCACAGGGUGCACUGGUGUGAACACACACACACACACACAUAUAUGAACCCCCUCCCGCCCGUGUGCUUCUGCGAUGUUGAUGUUGAUGAUGAUGAUAAUGGGAAUUCCAUUUGGCCCGAGUGAUCCUCAUCUUUCAAAAAGACUUCCCGUCAGAAAUGAAUUGGCUUACUGUUGACAGGAAAGAUGGAAGACACUGAAUGUAUGGUAGUAGGCUGAUAGUCAUGGCUGUUACUAUGGGCAUCUCCUUGGACUUCUUCUUUAUCCUGGUCCUGGAGACCCACUGGGCGUGCAGGCUUUUUUCCCACCCAGCAGUAAGGCACCUGAUUCCACUCAUCAAAGGCUUAAUGAGGAGUUGAUUAGAUGAAUCAGGUGUGAGAGAAUGGGCACACCCAGAGUUAAAGAUGUUCUGAGACGAGUUCUAAGAAGUUGGAGUUCCAAGCCAUUCUAGAAGUAAGAGAGAAAGAUGGAGGAAACAAAAUGUUAGUUAUCACUAGAGGGUCAGUUCACAACUGUGUCACUGAGCUUCGAGGCCCAGUGUCUGUUUGGUUGGUCCCGUCUGGUACCAUACAGUCCCAGUGGUAGUACACAGACAAUGGCUGUGAUUCUCUGUAGGCCAGAGUCUGCAGUAGCGAGCGAGCGUACCCACUCCCCACGGAAUGACUAGCCUCUGGAACAUUAUAGGGCAGAGGCGUCAGAUAUGGCCCUCACACAGGGAGGGGUCUGUGUAGGCCGGUCUGAGGGGGGUUCACUGCCACAAAGAUCUGUCUGUCCUCCUCUGGAGCAGAGAAUGUGAGUGUCAUCGGUCAUUGUUGGGGGAGAGAGGGAUGGAGGGAAUGAGAGAGGGGGAAGGACAGAGGAGUAAUGUUGCUGUCACUCCUGUCUCGUUUGGAUGAGUUUGGGCUGAGAGUGAGCGUGAGAGCAGGCUGGUGUUUGCAGGGGAUAGAUGCGGGACACAGGACAUCACCGUGCUACUGACAGAUAGGAUACAGCAAUGGGACAGGAGGACUGAGGCUGAUGCUAUGAUGCCAGGGCCUGCCUCUGACUGACCUUAGAGGAACUUUCUUUUUGGACCAUGGCUUUUGCUGUCAUUUUUGUCUCAAAUCAAAACAAAUCAACAUGGCGAGUUUUGGGACUUAGAGGAUGCUUGACCCAUUGCAAGAAGGAUGGCUUAUAUCGCUUUCAUUGUACAUGACGGAGAUGUGUAUAUGGCCAGAUGACAUUUCUUUCUUAAGCCUGACGCUUGAAAUCGAGAGUUAUUGUCUGAAAUAAACCAAUGCUGAGUCCAACUCCUGAAGUCCACAGAACUCGGUCGCCACAGUCUUCUCUACUUGAAGGAGAUCGGCGAUGGCUGGUUCGGAAAGGUUCUCCUGGGGGAGGUGAAUGCGGGUCUCAGCACCACCCAGGUGGUGGUUAAGGAGCUGAAGGCCAGUGCCAGUGUUCAGGACCAGAUGCACUUCCUGGAAGAGGCCCAGCCAUACCGUGCCCUCCAGCACCCAGCCCUCCUGCAGUGCCUGGCGCAGUGCACUGAGGUCACCCCUUACCUGCUGGUCAUGGAGUUCUGCCCUUUGGGUGAUGUGAAAGGGUACAUGCGGAGCUGUCGGACUUCAGACACAAUGACCCCUGAACCCCUGGUACUGCAGAGGAUGGCCUGUGAGAUUGCCUCAGGACUCCUGCACCUACACAAACACAACUUCGUACACAGUGACUUGGCCCUGAGAAACUGCCUUUUGACCGCUGAUGUCACAGUGAAGAUUGGAGACUACGGCCUGUCACACAAUAAGUACAAAGAUGACUACUUUGUGACGUCAGACCAGAUGUACGUGCCACUGCGUUGGAUCGCUCCAGAACUCAUAGAUGAAGUCCAUGGCAACCUACUGGUAGUAGGCCAGAGCAAACAGAGCAACGUCUGGUCUCUGGGAGUGACUAUCUGGGAGUUGUUUGAGUUGGGCAACCAGCCGUACAGACACUAUUCUGACAGACAGGUCCUGAUGUACGCUGUGAGGGAACAGCAGCUCCGACUGCCCAAGCCCCUGCUCAAUAUACCCCUGGCAGAGCGCUGGUAUGAGGUGAUGCAGUUCUGCUGGCUCCAACCAGACCAGAGGCCCAAUGCAGAAGAGGUCCACCUGUUACUCAGCUACCUGUGUGCCAAGGGGGCCAACGAGGCCGAGGAGGACUUUGAGAGGCGCUGGAACUCCCUGCGUCCCAACCCCAACGCUGGCCCCAACAACAGCCUCCACCAUGGGGCAGGAGCCCUGGCCAUUGACCUUCCCUCCUCCUCCUUCCCCCUGCUGGAGCAGUUCUCUGGAUGCGACGGCUACCACAGUGAGUCAGGAGAUGAUAUAUUGACCGUGACCGAGACCAGCCACGGCCUGAACUUCGAGUACAAGUGGGAGAAGGCUCGGGCUGGGGCGGAGCAGCCUUACCACCGUGCUGCCUUGUCCUCCAGCGGUACCCUGGGGGCCGUCAACUACCACCGCCAAGACCUGUACUACCCCCCUGGGCCAGGGGGCAUGGUGGGGGGCUGUGGUGGGGUGGCCUACUACGAGCCCAAGAUGCUGCAUGGUUCUGAAGUCGGGGUGGUGCCGGUGCUCAGCGCCUGUAGUCCUUCAGUGAGCGCUGAGUACUACGUCCGCAUGGAGGAGCCUGGUGUGGACUGUCACAUCAACAUGGACCUGGACUACACCAUGUGCUCCUACAGCCCAGACUACCAGGGCAGCAACGGGAGCUUCCUGACAGGCAGUGGCAGUGCAGACUCAGGGGAGUGUAUUAUGGGGAUGGGUGCAUGUCCCUCCCAGGCCCAUUCCAAGCCUGUGGACUCGUACUGGUCGGCAGACAUCCGUAAAGCUGGGGGUGGUGGAGCGUAUGACUCGGACCCAGAUGGAAGCCCGGCCAUCUCCCUGACCAUGGAACCCCUGCUGGGGCAAGUCUCUGACUCUAGCCCCCUGAGACCCUGGGAGGCUGGUCAUUACGUCUCCUACAAGGACCGGGAUGGGGGGUUCUACUACGAACACUCACCCCCUAUGGGCAUAGGCCACCACAUGGGUCUGGGUCUGGACCAUCACCAGCACUACCUGAUGGGGCGGGAACACUCUCCCCCUGAGCCCCACCAGGAGAGCUGGGGGUCCCGGAGCCUGCGUCAGGCCCUGGGGGAACUGGAAAACCCUCUGGGGAUAUCUCCCUCCAUCAGUACCCCUCCCCAGGGUGGUGGUCCUCCUUUUGGAGUAGGGGACCCCUACCUGGAGACGAUCGAGGGACCAGGCUCCAUCAUUGGGGGGAGUAGCGUCACUGGGGGUUACUAUGACAUGAUGGGUUCUCUGAGGAAAACCAUGCCGACCAUGCCAGGCCACACCCACUCAGUCAGCAUCACCAUGGCAUCGGAAGACUCGGACGAGGAAGAGGAUAUAUUCUCAGAGAGGCAGAGAAUCAACAGUAGUAACACCUGGCCCUCUAAUCUCUCUAACCAUUGCACUAACAACAACAGUCUAGGCCUGGGCCGUAGUAGACAGGCUGGCUGUAGGCAACAACAGGAUGCCUAUGUAGACUUCCUCUACACUAUGCCCACUACCGACAUAGAGGACUCGUGGCCUGAGGAGCACAACCUGACCUUCCGCUCCUCUGUUUCUGCUGCAGUUAAACCCAUAGACUGCCUGGAGGCUACGGCGGCUUCGGCUAAAGACAGCAGCUGUCUAUCCCUGGGGAAUCAUCAUACCCUGAUACCCUCCGACAACGCCUACAACACCUACAUCUAUCUGUGCCAUGAGAGGGAGGGGGAGAGGGAGGUGAAGCCGCCACCAAUCGAGUGCUGCCACUCUCAUUUCGUCGACCCCCUUACAGGCCUAGUGGUGCGAAACUCCACCUGUGAUGGCUACAGAGAUCAGAUUGUAGAGAUGCUCAACAACGAGGAAGAGAGUGUGAAUCUGUCUCCAGCACCGGGAGGGCCUAGUGUGUCUAAAUCAACCCUGACACACAACACUAACACAACCACAACCGUAACCAACCUUGACCACCCUGAGCAGUAUGUUGACAUCACUAUGGACGAUACCCUUUCCAUAGACCACAAGCAAGAGGUUGUCACAGAAGACAAAGGGGUUCUCACUGAUCCUAAACCAGAGGACAUGACUAUGGCUAUGACUGCCCCACUUCCCUCAGUGAAUCUGCCUGGCCUAGUCUGCUUGGUUGAGCCAGAGUCAGAGCUGAGCCAUACGUUAGACAGCGGCCUGGACAGAGACCACUGCUCCAGCAUCAGUCUAGUGGACAUCUCCGACUGCUAUACCGACGACGAUGAUGAAGACGAUGACAUUACUGACGUGACCUCAGGGAUCUUUGCUGACGAGGCGUCGGCCGGGGACCUUAACACCUCCCCCUCCUUGGCCCGUCCCCUCAAGUCCCUGCAGAAGCAGGUGGGAACACCCGAUUCCAUGACUUCCAUGGAUUCCAUGGACCUGAUGCCUUUAGCGGCCAGCUCCACCACAGAGCCAUUCAGCCCUGCCUCCAGCUCCUCCCACCCAUCUAGUUCCUCCCCCAAGGCAAUGGAUAGCGGGUACGACACAGAGAAUAACGAGAGCCCAGAGUUCGUCCCCAAGGAGCCCCACAAUGAGCCCCGGGACCCAAAGACAUUCACCCAGCCACUUGGGGAGUCUGUCCUGGACACCAGCCUGGAUGAAGAGGGGGAGGAGGGGGGAGAGGAGGCCGAGGUGGCCCCACUGGAGGAUGAGGAUGAACCUACCCUGGAUGAAGAUGUGACUCUAGCAGCCUCACAGACCACAGACAAAGAGAAGGAGCUGGCCCCCCUCAGUGAGAAGAACCCUUACAGGGACUCUGCCUACUUCUCUGACUAUGAGAAUGAGCGCCUUUCCAGGGAUGAUGAGGAUGAGAAAGUGGGGGGUGAUGAAAAUGUAGGAGUGGAGGAGGGAGAGGGGGAGAUGAGCCUGACAGAGAAGAGGGAACUCAGCCCUCUUCGUAUAGAGGAAGAGGAGGGAGAGGGGGAGAUGAGCCUGACAGAGAAGAGGGAACUCAGCCCUCUUCGUAUAGAGGAAGAGGAGGGAGAGGGGGAGAUGAGCCUGACAGAGAAGAGGGAACUCAGCCCUCUUAAUAUAGAGGCAGAGGAGGAGGGAGAGGGGGAGAUGAGCCUGACAGAGAAGAGGGAACUCAGCCCUCUUAAUAUAGAGGCAGAGGAGGAGGGAGAGGGGGAGAUGAGCCUGACAGAGAAGAGGGAACUCAGCCCUCUUCAUAUAGAGGAAGAGGAGGAGGGAGAGGGGGAGGUGAGCCUGACAGAGAAGAGGAAACUCAGCCCUCUUCAUAUAGAGGAAGAGGAGGAGGGGGAGGUGAGCCUGACAGAGAAGAGGAAACUCAGCCCUCUUCAUAUAGAGAAAGAGGAGGAGGAGGAGGAGAGUCUGACAGAGAGGGAGCUCAGCCCUCUUCAUAUAGAGAAAGAGGAGGAGGUGGAGAGUCUGACAGAGAGGGAGCUCAGCCCUCUUCAUAUAGAGGAAGAGGAGGAGGGAGAUGAGACCUCAGCUCUUCUGGAGGAGAGUGAAGACCCAGAGAUGGAGGGUUGCCUUACAGAAGAGUGCCACCAUGAUGAAGAGCUGGGGCUAGAAUUGGCCUCCAAUAUCUCUGGAGAAGUAGAGGAAGGGUCAGAGGGAUGGCCUGCCCAGGAGGAGCCCUCUUCCCUGGGAGACUGGGCAGCAGAGGUGGUGGGGGCUAUGGAAGAAGCCCUGGGGGAACUCCAGAGGAGCAGCAGUACUGAAACCAACUCUGGUACCAAGGAGGAGGAGGAAGAAGAAGGAGAGCGAAGAGACAUGGAGGACUCAUCUGAAGCCUUAGAAUUAGCAGAUGUCCUAGAAGAAGCAUCUUCCGAAAGGUCAGAGAGCAUUGACAAGGACGAUGAUGAUGAAGAGAACGGACCUCCCGCACGACGUCAACGCUUCUCCUCCUCCUCCCCUCCCUCCAUUCCUCCUCCUCCUCUCCCCCCGAUGACUCCCCCUCCGGUCCGGGUGUCGCUCACAGACGGGGGGGAGGCGGAUGAGGAGGACGGAGAUGGUGACUCGGAUGACAGUGAGUCAGAUGAGGAGCUGAGGUGUUACAGUGUUCAAGAGGAGCAGAGUGGAGGGGAGGAGAGCGAGGAGGAGAACCAUGUGGUACCCAUCGUGGUCAGUGACUGUAGCGAUGCUCAUAACCUACGUAGUCUACUGAAGGUGCCUACGACGCUCACGUCAGAGUCGCUCGCUGAUGACCUGCUGGGACGAAAGAAGAAGGUGGUGUCCUUCUUUGAUGAUGUCACCGUUUACUUGUUUGACCAGCAGAGCCCAACUAAAGAGCUGGCUGAGCAUGGUUUCCCUCCAGAAGCUGAGACCAGCGGACAGGGUUCAGAGAGCAAACAACCAACCUCUGAUGACUCCUCAGACGGAAACAUCUCAGAAGAGAGUGCAGGGUAUGAGUGGGAAGAUGACUUCCCCUUGUUGCCCCUCCCGACUUCCUCAUCCAAGAUGGCUGCCUCCUCCUCAGCCUCAACCCCCUCCACACCCAGCCUGCCCGCCACCUCCAAGGCCCCGGAGCCCAAACCAGCGGUGCAGUACUCCCGCUUCACCGUUUCCCCUAGCCAUGUGUCUCGCUUCUCCAUCACACACGUCUCCGACUCCGACAUAGACUCUGGUCCAGGGAGCAGUGAGGAUGGGGACAGAGAGUAGACAGCCACCCAGGAGCUGCACCACAAACUUAUCAUGACUUUUAUGUAGAGCUUUUUGGACAUCAGGUUUCUGAAAAGACAGUGCCUCUUAUUGUUUAUGGUGUGGAAGAAGAGGGGAAAAGAGAAUCAACUCUUAUGAGAAUAUAUAAAAUAAUAUAUGAUAAUACAGUUGAAAUUGGAAGUUUACAUACACCUCAGCCAAAUACAUUUAAACUCAGCUUUCCACAAUUCCUUACAUUUAAUCCUAGUAAAAAAUCCCAGUUUUAGGUCAGUUAGGAUCACCACUUUAUUUUAAGAAUGUGAAAUGUCAGAUUAAUACUAGAGUGAUUUAUUUCAGCUUUUAUUUCUUUCAUCACAUUCCCAGUGGGUCAGAAGUUUACAUACACUCAAUUAGUAUUUGGUAGCAUUGCCUUUAAAUUGUUUCACUUGGGUCAAAAGUUUUGGGUAGCCUUCCACAAGCUUCCCACAAUAAAUUGGGUGGAUUUUGGCCCAUUCCUCCUGACAGGGCUGGUGUAACUGUAUCAGGUUUGUAGGCCUCCUUGCUCAUACAUGCUUUUUCAGUUCUGCACACAAGUUUUCUAUAGGAUUCAGGUCAGGACUUUGUGAUAACCAUGGUCCUUAAGCCAUUUUGCCACAUCUUUGGAAGUAUGCUUGGGGUCAUUGUCCAUUUGGAAGACCCAUUUGUGACCAAGCUUUAACUUCCUGACUGAUGUCUUGAGAUGUUGCUUCAAUAUAUCCAUAUAAUUUUCCUCCCUGAUGAUGUCAUCUAUUUUGUGAAGUUGCACCAGUCCCUCCUGCAGCAAAGUACCCCCCGAACAUGAUGCUGCCACCCCCGUGCUUCACAGUUGGGAUGGUGUUCUUCGGCUUGCAAGGAAGUGGUUCCGUUCAUCACAAAGCCCUGACCUCAAUCCUAUAGAAAAUUUGUGGGCAGAACUGGAAAAGCAUGUGCGAGCAAGGAGGCCUACAAACCUGACUCAGUUACACCAGCUCUGUCAGAGGAAUGAGGCAAUAUUCACCCAACUUAUUGUGGGAAGCUUGUGAAAGGCUACCUGACACGUUUGACCCAGGUUAAACAAUUUAAAGGCAAUGCUACCAAAUACUAAUUGAGUGUAUGUAAACUACUGACACACUGGGAAUGUGAUGAAAGAAAUAAAAGCUCAAAUAUAUCAUUCUCUCCACAAUUUUUCUGAUUUAUUCACAUUCUUAAAAUAAAGUGGUGAUCCUAACUAACCUAAGACAGGUUUUACUAGGAUUAAGUCAGGAAUUGUGACAAACUUAGUUUAAAUGUAUUUGGCUAAGGUGUAUGUAUACUUCCUACUUCAAUUGUAAAUACACAGAGUAAUAUACGUUACAAAGAACUUAUAUGCAGGUAAAGACUUUUGUUGCGCUCAACAUGUUUUUUGAGCAACAACACAAAUCUAUGGACGAACUUUGGAACGUUGUUUGCCACCAUAGUCAUCACUCAUUUACAGUAUGUUAUGGAGAGCAAAAAACAUGGGUAUCUAAACAGAACACACCGUGUACCCCACUCAGAGGAGGGAGUGAAACAAAUGGAGGAAAGGACAGAAUCCAGGCUUUUCACUGAAGAAUCGGUGUUGGAAAGUGACCAACAACAUAUCUUUGAGACAUUGCUUCACCUGUCCUCUUCAAAUAUAAAUGAAAUGGCACAUGUAAUAUAAUAACGUUACAUGUUUCCAAACACUUUUACAUCCAUUGAAGAGAAUAAUGGGACACCUAAGUGUAUGUGAAGGAAUGGAGCUAUUGAACAAGGCAGAAAGUUGUUGCCUUGAAAUGACUGUAUUAGCAGAGAUGAUCAAUGCUGCAUUUAGUGACUCCAGAGUUUCCUAUAAGGAGUAGGACCACCACUGUAUUGUACUGUAUGUAUCGCCCUUAUGAUUCCCACCAAUCAGAAUUCCAGAGUCACUAUUCCUCUCCCUCUGUCUGUGUGGGUCACUAUUCCCCUCCCUCUGAAUGCCUGGGGUGUAAUCAUUAGUGCACACCGUAGCAAACAGUUGCAAAACGUUUUGCGACGGAAAACAAGUUCAGGUAUGUCCUUCCCCUGUUGGUUCCGUUUGCUUCCGUUUUGGUUCUAGUGAAUCCAGCUCUGCUUUUACAUACAUCCCUGGACCUAUUGUGAGAAUCCAUCAAGUCAGUUUCGAGGCAAUAUCAUUCAGAUGACUUUUAAUAAAUGCUGUACUUCUUUUUUAGGAUUUUGGAUCCACGUGCUUUGCAGCAGAUAGUGUGGGUAAAUCACAGCAUAUGUUGGCUUCUGUGUUGAGCUUCACGUCAUCACAUGCUGUGUAAUAGGUCUCCUUGUCUUGAGGUGAAGAUUCUUUGUCAAAUUAUCAAAGAACUUGUACAUUUCCGAUUCUGAAAAUCGUACUGCAGUAUAAGAACAGCAAGCUUACAAAUAUACAGAUAAACUUACAGAUACAGUAGCAUAUCAUUUUUAUAGAACACCUUUGAUGAAAUUAUCACUUUUAAGAAAUAGGAAACCUAAAAAUGAAACUUAAAGAAUGGAAGAACAAACAAAUUAUUUUCAAGUGGCUCAAGUGGCUUCGGUAACAUGUUGAAGAUUAAAUAAUCCAAUGACUAUUGGAAGACCACAGAACUGAGUACUUGUUCAGUGUUAACAUAUUGUUUAUGUUCAGCUGUGUGGUGGUCAAGGGUUUGGUGAUGCUACAUGGAUUUGUCAUUGUGUAAUGUUUCACGGUUGUGUUCAUGAUUUUAACAAUGGAAGGUGCAUUUGGAAUUUAUGGACCUUACAUUGCUAUGUACAGUAUGUGAAAAUGUAUGUGCAAUAGAAAGGAAGAUGGGUGGCUGUGGGUGUAACAUAGAAAGCAUUCCGUACAGUCAGGCUGGUAAGAUAAUGCAGUAUUACAUCAGUAUCACUGCAGCAUGGUCGCAGGUAUGUUUGUGCAGUCUUGCCUACCUCAAUCACCAUAGGUUGGCAAGACAGUACAAACAGAUCUGGGCCCAGGCUAAUAUCACUGUAGGCUUUAGCUUCAAAGAACCAGGGUGCCAAUUUAGUUCAACACAUAGAUAUAGAAUUACAUACAGUAGGUUCUAUUUCUAUGGUUCCCAGAUCCACUCUAGUCUCCAUGCAGUCAGUGUGUUUUGUUCUGUUUGUUUGCCUUUCUAGAGCUUUAAUAUUGUUCACUAGUAUAGUGUCUAUAGAUCUAUCUAGACCGCUGUCUGUGUAUGUACUAUUUUUAUAUCUCAAAAAAAGAAAGAACAUAUCAAGAAAUGACCUGGAAGUGGGAGAUAAAAGGAGAUGUCUUUGUUUUAUUGUUGCCAAAGAGAUAUAUUUAAUGAAGUCAUGAGGCAAACAGGAACAGGAAUAUAUAUUUGAUCUAUAAUGUUUUAACCCUACAGAUGUAGGAUCUUAAUUUGAGACAGUUUGCUACAGCAGGAAAAUAAUCCUGCAGCAACAGGAAAUGUGAAUAUUGUGGGUUAUAAUUCAUUCAUUCAUUUUGUAGGGCUUGAUACAAUUUUCAAAGAGGAAAUUACAAACUUCCAAAGGCUUUUUAAACAUCAAAUACUCUACAAUUUUGAAACGCCCUGCAUUGUAGGAAAGUUCUCCUGCAACAGGUUGGUCAAAUUAAGAUCCUACAUCUGUAUAGCGAGACGAUAGCCUGGGUACCAGUCUGUUUGUGUCAUCAUGCCACUGUAAUGAUGACACAAACCAACUGGUACCCAGGCUAGUGAGACAAAGGGGGUAUUGUGAUUAGGAGCAACAUUUGGUAAUGCGCUGGUUGUGAUUUAAACGAGCAGGACUAGUUUAGGCAUGCUGUCAGUAAAUGUGCCCCACCCACACUCACUUACUGGUCACAUGGUUACUUUCUGUACCUUAUUAUGAAAUAUAAAUAAAAUCUGUUUUACACAAGGA